AUGGCAAGUGGAGUUGAUGGAGCACGCGCUCCAGUUGAGCGGUUCUGCGAACUUCUUCGGCUCGCCUUGUGUGCGACACUGCCGUGUGUCACUUUGGGAAUGUUUGUGUUGGCUCCUUUCUUCGAGAGGUGUCCCCCGAAACAACAUUAGCUCGAGAGCCGUCGAGAAGAGACGCCUAUCAGCGGUUUUCGCCCUGGAAUUCUGCCUUGGAUGCCAUUUUUGCCCAGUCCCUUCCUUUAUUGCCACGAACACUGACCUUAACUGAAGCAAGAUGUGGCGAUUCUGUCGGAAAUACUUUUGAUGCAGACGCAUAUCUGAGGUCUAAUGCUGCCCACCAUUAUCAUGGAAACUGAGGCUAGUCACAUGCUUGAGGCAGCUCUGGAGCAGAUGGAUGACAUUAUUGCAGGUUCAAAAGCAGCAGCGCUGGAGCUCACGAAUGGCGUGUAUGACCUUAGUUCUGCCAUCAGCUCCAGGCCAAUGCAGGUCAUCCAGUUAGCUGUGGACCUCAAGCUUGCUUUGGAGCUCCAGGAAAACCAGAAAGUCAGAGUGCGCCUCAGAGAACAGUUGCCCACAGAAACAGCAAAGGUUCUCAAAGACUGGCUCCAGAGUGGAGAUGUGAACUUGUGUCCUCGUGCCAACAAUGAAAGCUACCAAGAGAGACUCCUCCGCCUAGAGGGGGACAAAGAGUCCUUGGUGUUACAGGUGAGUGUACUGACUGACCAGGUGGAGGCCCAAGGGGAGAAGAUCAGAGAUCUAGAAAGCUCCCUAAAAGAACACAGACAGAAACUAGCCUCCACUGAGAAAAUGCUGCAACAGGAGCUGGUGAGCAGGACGUCUCUGGAAACUCAGAAGUUAGAUCUGAUGGAUGAGGUCUCGUACCUGAAACUGAAGUUGGUUAGCAUUGAGGAAACGCGCAACACACGUCUACAAGACCCCAUGGACACGAACCAGAACAAAGCAGAGUGCGUGGUAAAUCUCAUCAGUGAGCUCCAGGAGCAGAUGUGCAGGUUUCAGGAGGAAAUCGGCGCUCGCAUUCAGGAGAAACGGGCCCUGGAAGAUUGCCACGCCCAGCAUGGAGAGUCACGGGCCGAUCAAGCCCAGGGUCACAGCCCUGUGGUCAGGCUAAGCGGCACAAACCUUAGCCUGUGUGACUCUGGUGCUUGGACGCACAACGGAGGACUGACAGCAAAUGAUUUAUUACAAGAGGUGAAGCAGCUCAAAAAUAAAGUGGACGAUCUGGAGAGUGAGAAGGGAGAGUAUGAGAGGCAACUUCGUGUCACCAAGGCUGAAAUCUCAGACUUGCAGCAGCUCCUCGCCUCCAAAGAUGCUGAGAUCGAAUGCCUGCAGACCCAACUUCUGGCCAGAGGCAGCGCAGCCAAUGACAACGCAGAGAGAGAGGAGGUGUAUAUCAAACAGCUGAUAAACAAAUACCACGAAUACCAGAGACUGAAGGCGGGGAUGGAGUCUCUUUUAGCUUCAAAUGAUGAAAAGACACGUCGUAUAGAAGAGCUGACAAAUCUGCUUGGCCAGUAUCGAAAGAUCAAAGAGUUCAUGGCGCUCACGCAUGGAAGCAGUGAAGAGGAGCUGUCUGGCAGUUUGACAGUCAGAGCCAUCACACACAAAGCCUACUGUGAUAUCUACAGGUCUGAGAUGUCAUCAAGAGGAUCUUCCCCCCUUAUGUUAUCCUCAUCACCUUAUCAGAGAGAACUGGAUUCAUGUUUUCAUAACUCUAUGGACGUAUCACGUUCUACUGGUGAUACAAGCUUCUUAAAUGGAUUAUGUCAUCAGCGCAGGUUACAGUCUAGCAGUCUAGAGGAAUUGCAGAGCAGAUCUUUACAAAAGCCUGUAGAGAUCCUGCCAGAUGAAAGUGAAUCAGACAUAGGGGGAGAGAAUCCCCACAUGGAGCUGAACAAGUACCAGACGUUGCCAGGAAAGCUGAAUCGAAAAGGUGAGCUCAGGACCAAGAAGAAUGGGGACAGUGAAAGAGAAGACGAGUAUUUAGCUCCUGUAAGCCUCUCGCUUGUCUCUAGCCAUGACCAGGACUACAGUCUAAUUCGCUUCAGAAGUGCCAGUGCUCCCGUUUUAGGAUCUCCGGGAAAGUACAAUCUUUAUUAUACUGAAUGUUCAGAGCAGCUAGAAGAGUCUAUAUUGUCAAACCAGUCCCCUCUGUCCUCUGGAAUGGACUCUGGUCAGCACUCUCCUAUGUCACCAGAAAACAGGAAAAGUCAAAGAGGCAUAAAAAAGCUCUGGGGAUUGAUUCGUCGUAGUCAGUCAGGUAGUCCAAUCCAGAUACAUGACCCCGAGCUUGGCGAUUUCAAGAGGGGAACCACCAGAGCCACAGCUGGACCAAGACUUGCACGUUCUGGGAACAUACGAGACCUGAAGAUGCCUUUUUCCAAGUGGAGCACAGAGCAGGUGUGUGAAUGGCUUGAGGACAUCGGACUCGGCCAAUACGCCAUCUUGGCUCAACAGUGGGUCACCAGUGGUCAAAGUCUAAUGUCAGCCACCCCACAGGACCUAGAAAAGGAAAUGGUCAUGAAAAAUCCAUUGCACAGGAAGAAACUCCAUUUAUCCAUGAAGACGUUGACUAGCAAGCAGCAUGAGAAGUCUGCAGAGCUUGAUUACCUCUGGGUCACCCGCUGGCUAGAUGACAUUGGCCUUCCUCAGUACAAAGACCAAUUCAAUGAAGGAAGAGUGGAUGGACAGAUGUUGCAGUACCUUACUGUGAAUGACUUGUUAGUCCUAAAAGUGACCAGCCAGCUGCAUCAUCUCAGCAUCAAGUGUGCCAUUCAUGUUCUACAUGUUAACAAGUUCAACCCUUACUGCCUCAAGCGCAGGCCUGGGACUGAGAACAAAUUAAUUCCCAGUGAGGUGGUCCAGUGGUCUAACCACCGAGUCAUGGAGUGGCUAAGAUCUGUAGACCUGGCAGAGUACGCUCCAAACUUGAGGGGCAGUGGAGUUCAUGGAGGACUAAUAAUGCUGGAGCCUCGGUUUAAUUCCGACUCGCUGGCCAUGCUGCUUAACAUCCCUCCUCAGAAAACACUGCUGAGACGCCACUUAACCACCAACUUCAGCAAACUGGUGGGAGCACAGGCCCAGCGGGAGAAGAGAGAGUACACAGAGGCAGUGAACUACACACCCCUCAGCAUCACUGCCAAAGUAAAGCCAAAAAAGUUGGGCUUCUCUAACUUGCGGCGGAGGCGGUCAGAUGAAUCCACAGACUAUGUUUGCCCCGUUGAGUCAGCCAGGCCACUGGAGGGACAUUCAACAGUGAACGGAACCCAGAUGCAUCACUUCAACAAUACAUUCAGAGGUCUGAGCCCCAUCCUGGACACACAGCCUGAUCACACCCGGCACCAGCCCUCAAUAGCUCAGCCCGGAUCCCACCCCAAUCCUGUGCCCCUCAACCCAGCCCAUCAGUGUGACCCAGUGCCGUGACAAGUGAAGAGAUCUCGGUGACUUUCCGAUAAAGCUGCCUGUUGGCUCUACAAUCACAGCCGCCUGUCAUGAUGGAUCUAGUCUGCUUUGUGUUGACAGUCAGAUAGGGAUCACGAGGGCCUCCGUUUUGCGAAUUGAAACUCUCUCUGAAAGCAUCAACAACCUGACAUUGGCCCUGCGAUUGGCUGGCGACCAGUUCAGGGUGUCUCGCCCGAAGAUAGCUGGGAUAGGCUCCAAGCACGCCUGCGACCCUUGUGAGGAUAAAGCGGGCCAGAAAAUGGAUGGAUGGAUGGAUUUUCCAAUUGUCUUUUUUUAAUACAAAAGUGAUGUCUUUUUAGGUCAGAAGAACAGUAUGUUUUUUCUGAAUAUAAUAAUGUUUCUAUGCAGACAAUAAUGAAUAUUUUAUAGAAUGUAUGUCAUAAUGAAGGCCUUCAUUGGCCAUCUUUAAUAGCUAUUACAGUGUGUCUAGCCCCUCUUACUAAUUUGUAGAACAACACAGGAUUAGUGCUCAUGAGACAGGCAGUGAGUGACAUGAAGAUGAGGCAAAGCAUGAAUGGCCAAAUGAAUUUGCUCUUUAAUGGAGCUUUUAAUGAAAUCUAAAUGUGAUGUGGUAUGGGUUGAUACAGUAUGAUAAUGAGUGCAUACCUAUACGGACCACGCACGUACAAGCUGACCGAAGCCUAAUGGGGUCUGGACCAAGCCAGAAGGAAGAGUCAGAGAUGCCCUCGUCCUCACAGGCCCAAACUAAGUCUUCAGAUUGGGACUCUUCCUCACAUCCACCUGCCAUCCUCAUUACUGCUCCAUCACAAGAUGAUAUCCAUGCUUCCUCAUCCAACUUCUCUGUAGCUGAUGCUAUCAAAGAACGGAGGCCUUCUUCAGCACCUAUUGUUGUUGGCAAAAAAUUCAUGAAACGAAAAUGACCUGUCACUGAUUAUGUAGUCAUCGUCGUUCACGCCCCUGCGUUCUGUCCAAGCGCCAUGGCUUCUGUUCCCACUCAGUGACGGUGUGAAUGUGAGCGGUAAUGGUGAGGUGUCUCUAUAGAUGUACAAAUUGUUGUUUUUGCGAAUGAUCCCUGAAGAUGCUUUUCAUUUCUUUGGGAAUUGUCCAUUCCCUCACAAAUUACGGAAAGAUGUCUAGAAUUUUAUUUCUGUUCGUAUUGAACCACGUCUUUCCUUUUGCUUAGAGCAUAUAUUGUUUAUCUUCGUUGACUAGCCACUUGUGAAAAUAAUCCAUUAUUAAUUUUAUCAUGUUGUUGGCUAAAUGGCAUCGAGACCAAUGUCGCUAUUCUAAAAAAAAAAAAAAAAUACUCUUUUGCAUUUUUAAAAACCAUUAGACACUCCAAAAAUGCAAAAGCCAUUUAAACCUUGGCUAAAUGUGCUCUUUAUAAUGCAUUUUCGCCUGUGAUUGUACGUCACCCCCUGGCAAUUGUUUGUUUGUUUUGUAUAUUCCGAAUAAAUAAUGGGAAAAAGUCUCAA